UGCAGGGGCAACUGACAUUCAUCCUCCGCCACCUGGAUUGAGGCGAUUCACUACGCGACCACGAGGACUUAAAAGCGCACUGGGAAUUGGGCAUUCCAAAUUGGGUGAAAAAGGGGUAAAAUAAAAAAGAAAAAAAAAGAAAAAAAAAGUUUGAAACCCACUGAUCUAACCAAUGAAAAUCAUCAUAACUGAUAUAACUUUCGACUCGCGAAGGAAAUGCCAUAAUAUUAAAUACGCGCCACAGUAAACUGUCGCUUUAAGAUUUGUUUGGUGCCGCGGGAGAAAUACGUCCUGGCCUAGUGGACGCACUGAGAAAGUCCUCGCACUUCAUUCUGCAGAUCGCUGCUGUGAGCGGCACACGCGCACAGUCAAGCGUCGUAUUCAUACGCCAAUGAGCUCAAUGGAUGAAACAGCCUAUGAACUCUAUGGACCGCAGUCAGCGCAUCUUCAGCGGAGUCACAUCCUAGCAGAAUGAGUGAUGGAGUGAGCGCACAAAACUAGUUAGACAACAGAACAGAGUCGUCAUGCGACACCAUAUACAAAGUCUCGCGCAUUUCAGAGGCGUUACUGAGACUUUAUUGUAAUGUAUCGCUGUGGAUAUAUUUAAGAGAGCAGUUGAAGUGUAGUGUAAAUUGUUUAUCUCUUGUUCUCAUUUUUCCUCUCCUGAUACGUUUCAUAUAUGUUGUGGUGAUCUUUGCCUUUAGUUUAAAAACCAUAGUAUACUUAUGUCGUAAAUAAAAGCGCAUUUAUCGUUGGAAGACGGACCAAUGGCUUUUGCUGUCAUAGGAACGCUAUUACUGAUGCUCUCCAACAUCUACGGCUCUUUUGGGUCUCGCCCACGUUUAGAGGAUGUUUCCCCCAGGAUAGUGGAGAAUCCCUCUGAUCUGAUCGUGUCAAAGGGUGAGCCGGCCACUUUGAACUGCAAGGCAGAGGGUCGUCCCAUGCCCACGGUGGAGUGGUACAAAGAUGGUGAGCAUGUUGAAACCGAUAAGGAUGACCCUCGCUCCCACCGCAUGCUGCUGCCUAGCGGCUCUCUUUUUUUCCUGCGCAUCGUGCAUGGACGCCGCAGCAAGCCUGAUGAGGGUGUUUACACUUGUGUGGCCCGCAAUUACCUAGGAGAGGCUGUUAGCCGAAACGCCUCACUGGAAGUAGCCGUUCUCCGGGAUGAUUUCCGCCAGCCUCCCAAUGAUGUGGUGGUGGCAGCCGGAGAGUCUGCUGUGCUGGAGUGCAUCCCUCCCCGGGGUCACCCUGAGCCCACCAUCUCCUGGAAGAGGAACAAUGUUCGUGUCAAUGACAAGGACGGCAGGAUCUCUAUGCGUAAUGGUAAGCUGAUGAUCUCUCACACCCGCAAGAGUGAUGCAGGCAUGUACGUGUGUGUGGGCACCAAUAUGGUGGGCGAGAGAGACAGCGAUCCAGCCGAACUGGUCGUGUUUGAGAGGCCAGUGUUCAUCCGCAGGCCUGUGAAUCAGAUUGUGGUGGCUGAGGAGACAGUUGACUUCAUGUGUGAGGUGCAUGGCGAUCCCGCUCCCACUGUCCGCUGGAACAGAGACGAGGGAGAACUUCCACGCGGGAGAUUUGAGAUCUGCAGUGACAACAGCCUCCGUCUGAUCAGAGUCCGAGCGGAGGACGAGGGCACUUACACGUGUGUCACAGAAAACAGCGUGGGCAAAACGGAAGCCUCUGCUGUGCUACAGGUCCACGUACCCCCACAGAUUGAUAUCCGCCCACUGGACCAGGUCGCUGCGCAAGGACGGACUGUUACCUUUCAAUGUGGCACCCAGGGAAACCCCCCUCCAGCAGUUUUCUGGCAGAAGGAAGGCAGUCAGAUGCUGCUUUUCCCUGGCCAACCUCCUUCCCAGUCAGGUCGUUAUUCAGUGUCCAUGAGCGGAGACCUGUCCAUCUCUGAUGUUCACUCUGAGGACUCAGGCUACUAUGUCUGCCAGGCAAUCAGUGUGGCAGGAAGUGUCCUCACCAAGGCUCUGCUGCAAGUGGAAACUGGCCCAUCAGAUCACGUCCCUCCUAUUAUCCGACAGGGCCCAGCCAACCAGACGCUCACUUUAGGCUCCAGCACCCUGCUUCAGUGCCAUGUGAUGGGCAGCCCAUUCCCCAGCGUCAGGUGGGAGAAGGACGGGCAAAGCGUUCUGGCCGAUGACAACCACAUAAGACUAAUGGAAAAUGGCACUUUACACAUCAAUGCCUUGAAGGAGACAGACUCAGGGACGUACACCUGUAUCGCAUCCAGUUCCACUGGUGAGACGAGUUGGAGUGGGACCGUGACAGUGAAAGCAACUGGAACGUCCUCUCUCCUGAGGGCCUCCCAGUCCUUGCAGCUGCCUGGUCCUCCUCAGAAGCCCGUUGUGACAGAUGUGACCUCAAGCAGUGUCACUCUCACUUGGCAGCCCAAUCCGCAUGAGGGUGGAGCCGCUGUCACUUCCUACAUCAUCGAGGCUUUCAGUCAGUCAGUGGGCAGCACAUGGCAGACCGUAGCUGACCUUGUGAAGCAGGAGAGGCACACUGUGUCCGGGCUCUACCCCAAUACUGUGUACCUGUUCAUCAUCCGAGCGGUUAACUCCUAUGGCCUGAGUGACCCCAGCCCCAUCUCAGAGCCUGUCCGAACACAAGAUGGCCCAGAGGAUCAGGUAAAGGAACAGGGGCACAUGCAGAUGGAUUUAGGAGGGGUCAAGGUGCAUCUGCAGACACUAGAAGUCUUGAGCCCUACUAGUGUUCAGAUAACAUGGACUCUUGACUGGCACCCAUGGUAUAUUCAAGGUUACAGGCUAUAUUUCAGGCCUGUGGGGGGCACUUGGAUGGUCCAGGACAUAAAAGCAGGUCCCCUGCACACUGCUGUCCUAACAGAGCUGCGCCAAGGAACAGAAUACGAGCUCAAAAUGAGACCAUAUUACAAUGAAUUCCAGGGCAUAGAGAGUGAAAUCAAAGUGGUUCGCACUCCAGUUGAAGUGCUAAGUAGCCCUCCUCAGGGAGUCAGUGUGGUGCAGCUAAGUAACAGUUCAAGCUUGCGAGUGUCCUGGCAGCCUCCUCUCUCAGUACCAGACGAGCUCAUACUAGAGUACAGGGUGUGGUGUGUGGGAAAUGAGUCUCAGCAGGUGGUGAACAGGACCGUGGAUGGGAAUGUGCUGUGGGUGCUGCUGGAUGGGCUGUUGCCCGAGUCAAUGUAUCGGGUGCAGGUUGCAGCAGUGACGGCUGCAGGUGUGGGCGUUCACAGCCUGCCUGUGUUCAUCUUCCUGAAAGUACCAAUAGAUCAGUCCUCCUUGUCAGUGUUGAAGGAUGAUAGUGUCAGCCUAUCAGAGCAGAUAACAGAGGUGGUUCGCCAGCCAGCCUUCAUUGCUGGGAUUGGUGUUUCCUCCUGGAUGGUUCUAAUGGGCUUCAGCACCUGGAUCUACUGCAGACACAGGAGGAGGAAAAAACUUGGCCAUUAUACUACCUCCUUUUCUUACACACCAGCAGUUGCGCUCUCUCGUGGGGAUGGGUCUGAUCUUAUGAAUGGAAGGCCAUGUUUGCUUGAGUCACACUUGGGUAACUACCCUUGGCUGGCUGAUUCCUGGCCCACCAGCAACUUCCCUCAUAAUGGAAAAGAGUCUGUUAACUGCUGUGCAGGCAGACUUGACUCUACAGAUCAAUACUACAACACUUCAGGAUUAUCUAAUUAUCUGAACCAGAAUGGGAAGUACAGCCCGGCCUCCAAUGAAGGCGCUAUAUACUGCACCAUCAACCCAACGGAUGCAGAUGGGCAUGACCUAUGCAGUCUGUACUCUCAGGGUCCAGAUCCAUACACCAGCAUGCCAGUCCUCUCCAAAACAGACCUCUACAGCCUGGACCAGGACCUGGACCAGUGGAGCCUUCAGUCCAGCCACAGUGGAGCAGAAUAUGCAAAACUUCAGUACCCAAGAGGAGGAAGUGCCAAACUGAUGAAGCAGAAGUCUCUGGGGCAAGCUUCCUCACCUAUGUGGUCUGACAUGCUGUCCUUACCUCCAUCAAAAAACAAGGAGCUUCAAAACAAAGAGAAAAAACAGAGCUCUGAGGAGGAUGAAGAGUGGUGUCCUCCUUUGCCUAAGCGGACGUAUCUGAUCGAGGGUCUGGAAGAUGCAGCCACACUGCCGUUAAGAGGAGAGGAAACCAACAGAGCAACUACUUAUAGCCUGCAGUCCACAGCAACUCUCACACCCUCUCCCAGCGAAGGAAAGUACCCAACUAACCCACGCCUGGAGCAUCCAGACCUGCUGCCACGCAGGAUGACACAGUGCGCACAAAAUGCACAGUUCUCUCUCUCCGACCCAAAGCCGUUAACGAAGACAGAGUCUCAUAAUGGCACCGUUCCUCACCACAGUGGCCCUUGGAGAGACAUUCCUGAAAUGGAGGAAUUAUUCUCCAACAAUACAGACACAAGAGAAUUCAUGUCGUACCCAUCAUCAAUUCAGAAGCCUAGACCUAAAAAGAAAUCACCGAAAGAUGGCCUUGCGAGACGGGAAGUGUUGAUACCAGGGAACCUACCUCCUCCCCCUGAAACCCCCCCUGUCAUUGAAGACCCUCUGAAGCAUCUGACAGAUAUCUUGGACAACAACAGCAGCCGAACUCCCCCACAGCGUAGAGAGAGGAGAUCAGACCGCAUAACAGCAGCACAGUGGAGCACAGAAGAUGAAGACUUAAUCCAGUACUUCAAAGCAAACCUGCUGGCUAGCGGUCAGAUAUCCACUCACUGUUCUCUUUCGAGAAGCUCCGCCUCUCAAUCCUCCACAGCUUCUCAUUCCCUGGGGGCAGGACGGAGGAGAAAUGAGAAUAUGGUAUGAGGAGAGGAUGUUGCCCUUGGCUCCCUGUUGUUCAUCACCACGCAACAUGCAACAUUAGUCAUGCCGUGUAUAUGCCUCCAUGCUCCUGUCCUUCAGCUCUCUUCAGUUCUGUUUUAGUCUUUUUUUUUUUUUUUUUUUUAGAGAAAUGUCUAAAAAGUUUUUUCCAAUGUUUUUCCAGGCAUGCUGGAAAGUGUGCUAUUUUAUUAUUUAUUAUUAUUGUUUAUUGUAUUAUUAGUUUAAAAAGAAAAUGAAAUGUUAAAAAACAUAUUGUCAGAAAAAUCAAUUUAGAUAAACAUGAUAUUUGAAUGUAUAUGGUGCAUACAUGUAUGCCUGAAUGUCUACAGUACAAAGUUGUUAAUUUUUGUGACAAAAUAUAGCAAAACUUAUCAAGCACAGACAGUCUAUGUGAAGAAACCAUCAAAACAUUAGUAGGCCUAUAGAAUACCAGAUGUUUCUUGUUGUGAAUCGUAACCCCUACUCACUGAAGGUUCUGUUAUUUACCCCUGGAGAAUUGAUCUCACUAUGUCAGGCUACCUUCCACAAAUGCAUUAAUCAUAUGCAGUUUUACCCAGCAACAUGCUUGGAUUGCAUAGUACAAAACACAAUAAAACUCAUGCUCCAAGACAUUUUUACA